GUUGCGAAGAGCCGAGCCGGGGUCCUCACGAGAAGGCUCCUACAGGAAAGCUGUCUACGAUAUCGCCUGUCAAACUGAACAGACUCCUGUGCAGCGUGUUCAGACUAUUUUUCUUUUGACUCAGUACGGUGGCCGCGAAGGACCCUUUCCAACAUGGCGGCCGCCGUAGCCUCGGUGGUGCAGAAAGCCUGCAGUUCGGGCGUUUUGAGGGCGGCGCGGAGAGGCUGCACCCUGAUUUCAUGGUAUGGAACCAAUUGUCAAUAUACUACCUUGGCGUGUGCUUCACAGACAAUUUGCUAUGUUUCUACGCCUUAUAACAUCGCAAUACAACCCUGCAGGCAAAGCAGCUUUUUCAACAAAUUGACAGCCGAUGAACUCUGGAAAGGAGUUUUGGCAGAGAGCGGCGCAGGGGGAAGGAAAGGAAGAGGAAAGAGAACCAAGAAAAAACUAAAGAAGGAUCUCAACAUAGGCCAGGUCAUUGGGGAAGGACGUUCAGGUUUCCUUUGGCCUGGCCUCAAUGCUCCAGUGAUGAAACAAGGAACAAUGCAGGCAGUUAGCCAGCGCAAUAAAGAAGAGCAGGAGAAGCUGCAGGCUGAGAGGAUCCAGAAGCGAGACGAGUGGGAGAAGAGGAGAAAAACUAAAGUGAAGCGGGAGAGAGGCUGGACGGGAAGCUCGUGGGGAGGAAUCAGUUUGGGACCUCCUGAUCCAGGCCCCAAUGGAGAAACAUAUGAAGGGUUUGACUCCAGAGUGAUUGAGUUGAAAAGUGUAUUUAACAUGACAGCCAAGGAAGGACGAAAAAGAUCUGUUAGUGCUCUGGUGGUUGUUGGGAAUGGAAAAGGGGCUGCUGGUUUUGCACUUGGAAAAGCCUCUGACAGGAUGGUGGCACUAAGAAAAGCAAAGAACAGAGCUGUUCAUUAUUUACACUAUAUUGAAAGAUACGAAGAUCAUACAAUUUAUCAUGACAUCGCAACCUCAUUUAAGAAAACAACUGUUCGGAUGAAGAAGCAGAACAAAGGAUAUGGCCUUCGCUGUCACCGAGCUAUUAUUACCAUCUGCAAGCUGAUUGGAAUUAAAGACAUGUACGCUAAGGUUUAUGGAUCUGGGAAUUUACUGAAUCUCACUCGAGGAGUCUUCAAGGGAUUGGCAAAUCAGGAAACUCACCAAAAUCUAGCAAAUAAGAAGGGCCUCUAUGUCGUAGAAUAUCGCGAUGAGUGUGGCCCGUUGCCCAUCAUUGUGGCAAAGCCUGAUGGGGUGGUGAGAGAAGAUCCCGAACCUGUGGAUGAAGUUCCUGAUAUCAAACUGGAAUGGGAUGAAGUGAAAGCAGCCCAAGGAAUGAAGAAAAGUGUCUGGGCCAAUGUCAGAAGAACAGUUUGCUAGGCUCGGUGUUUAUGUGGACACAGUUUAAAAAGUACUACAACAUAAUCCCAUGAUACAGAAAUAAUUGGAGCUCAAAAUGACUUAGCCAUCCUUCUUCAUUUGACAAUUCUGUUCAAAACACAAAUGACAGAUAUGCCCAUAGGCUGCGUUGGGGAGAAGGUUGCCUUGCUGCCGAGGAAAAGAAAUCCGUCAUGAGCAGGUCUUUUUUCAUACAUAACAUGGAGAGACUGUCAAACAACGUGACAGAAAUAAAGUUGUAAUAAAAU